GAUCAUAGUGGCAUGAGAAAAUAUUCAUGGAAGAUCAAACACCGCAGAGCAGCUUAUCCUAAUUCCCACAUUUUAUCGCUGAAGUCUAAUCGCAAACUCAUAAAGUUUGUUUUCGCGGGCAAUUGUACUUUUUACACACUCAUAGCUUUGCCGAAAUCAGGGCAUUGCAAACAUUACAAUGUAAGGUUUGCUGCUAUGAAUUCAUGGCAUCCUAUCAAUCUUCGCUUGUCCACAUUCAUUCCUUCUGGAGCAGCUUUACAUGCUUAGGGAGAAAUUCGUUAAGGACUCCGAACAUUGGAAAUUAUUUAUGCAAUCUAAAGAGAUCACAUGUGAUUCUUCCUUCCUACAAGCUAUUGAGAAAGGGCUAUUGUAAUUUAUCCAAUAAUGCAAAGUCGUCUUUAACUGGUGUUGCAAAUGCAACUUCUCUUAAUAAUGUAAUCAUUCCUUCUGAUAUACUGCAUCAAGAUGCACAGCUUAAUUUAGCCAAGUGUGAAGAAAGGGCACUGAAUACUAAUCCUUCAGAUGGUAGAGUAAUGCUCAUUGAUGGCACAUCAAUCAUCUACCGGGCUUACUACAAGCUUUUAGCAAAAUUGCACCAUGGCCAUCUAUCACAUGCUGAUGGAAAUGGAGAUUGGGUCUUAACUAUAUUUUCAGCUUUAUCUCUUAUAAUUGAUGUCUUGGAAUUUAUUCCUUCCCAUGUGGCGGUGGUAUUUGACCAUGAUGGAUUUCCAUUUGGUCAUACUUGUAAUUCAUCCAAAGAAAGUGUUAGAGCAAAAGGUCUGAAUUUUCGUCACACUUUAUAUCCUGCAUACAAGAGCAACCGCCCUCCUACACCUGACACUAUUGUUCAGGGACUUCAGUACUUGAAAGCAUCCAUCAAGGCAAUGUCAGUAAAGGUGAUUGAGGUACCGGGUGUAGAAGCUGAUGAUGUGAUUGGAACAUUGGCAGCACGGAGUGUUGAUGCUGGGUACAAGGUACGAGUUGUUUCCCCAGACAAGGACUUUUUUCAGAUCCUAAGUCCUUCAUUACGACUUCUACGGAUUGCUCCACGUGGCUUUGAGAUGGUUUCAUUUGGAAUUGAAGAUUUUGCUGAAAAAUAUGGAACCUUGAAUCCUUCUCAAUUUGUUGAUGUGAUUUCACUUGUUGGUGAUAAGUCCGAUAACAUUCCAGGAGUUGGUGGAAUUGGAAAUGUUCAUGGAGUGCAACUGAUCACUAAAUAUGGCACAUUAGAGAAUUUGUUGCAAUGUGUGGAUGAAGUUGAAGAGGAGCGUAUAAGAAAGGCCUUGAUUGCAAAUGCUGAUCAGGCUGUCUUGAGCAAGAACUUGGCUCUGCUACGUUCUGAUCUCCCAUUCUAUAUGGUACCAUUUGCUACUGGAGAUCUCGCAUUUAAGAAACCAGAGGAUAAUGGGGAGAAAUUCACGAGCCUCUUAAAUGCCAUCAGUGCUUAUGCAGAAGGAUUUUCAGCUGAUCCUAUCAUUAGAAGGGCGUUUUACAUGUGGAAGAAGCUUGAAACUCAACGUUAAGUUGGUUCUGCAAUUGGGCAUCACAGACCUGUUGGCACUGGAUUUUCCAGCAAAUGAGGCAUGGCAAACUUCUUUGUACAGUUAACUUGGCGAGACUGGCUGAUUUUAAAAUUGAAAAAUAUAGGAAGAUGGUCCAAAUCUGCUGGUUCUUAAUUUUGUCAUUGUCUUAUUUUGGAGGCCUCAAAUCUUUGAAGGAACAUCAAGUCUCUAUAUAUAGAAACUUUCUAUUUUCUUUUAUAACUCUUCCAAAAGAAAAUCAAUGCAAUGCACUCUACUAGCAAUUCUUUUAUAACUAUUCCAAAAGAAAAUCAAUGCAAAGCACUCUACUAGCAAUUCUUUUGUU